AAAUCUACGAUGACCUCUGCGGGUUCCUCAAAUAAAUUUGAGGUCGUUCCUUUUUCUUGUCACCCUCUGGUAUGGUCAACCAGUUGAGAAGUAUGGCCUGCAGACAUGUUCAAAACAUGGUUCAAAGCGUCUCAAAAUGUUCUGGGAGUGAGGCACCGUACUCGCCAAUUGUUGAUACUGGCUGUGAUUCCCCAUCUAGCCUUCCUAAAGCCUGUAAAACAUCGGGAUUAUCCGAAAAAAAGUCUGAGUCUCAUUCCGUAAUUGAUGCAAAGUGUCUGAACAAAAGCUGCGUUUCAUCAAGUGUUCCUCAAGUCUGUGAUUUCCACUGCGAAGCAGACCAAAAAUUAAAUGUCAAAUGUGCACAGUCAAAAAAGAUAUCAUCUGAAGAUUUGGAUGACCGUCAAUCUCCAAAUGACUAUCUUUGGCAAAAAUUAGAAGCAUUGGUUGAUCAGAUGAUCUCAGAAGAGGAUGGAAUUCCCGUCCGCAAUGUUAAAAGUCUAAUGUCAAUAAUUCCUAGCACAUUUACCGGUAGUGAUAUUGUUCAUUGGUUGAUGGAACACAUUGGAGCUAGUGAUGUUACUGAAGCCGUUCAUAUUGCUAGUCGUAUUGCGUCUAUGGGUUAUAUUUUUUGCAUUGAUGAUCAUGUACUCACUGUGAAAAAUGAUGGACAUACGUACUAUCGAUUUCAAACUCCUUUCCUCUACCCAAGUCGAUGCAUGGAGGCAGAUACGGCAGAUUAUGCUGUUUAUUUGUGUAAACGCACCAUGCAAAACAAACAGAGAUUGGAACUGGCUGGAUUUGAAGCUGAACGCCUGGCUAGUUUACAAAAUAUUUAUUGCCAUAAGUGGGAGUUCAUUUAUAUACAGGCAGAAUCAGAAGCUAAAGUAGAUAAGAAAAGAGAUAAAUUAGAGAGACUGGUACUUGAAUCACAAGAACGAGCCUAUUGGGAUCUACAUAGACCACCACCAGGCUGUAUUAAUACAACGGAUAUUGAUAUGCGUAAAUUGUGUCGCGCUAAACGCCCUAAAAAAACCACAUCUCGUCCUAUAAAUUUUCCUAUUCCGAGUGGCCCAGAUGGAUCUAUUUUAUUCUCCGUUUUGGAUGGUCUUUCACUACGAGAUAGGAUAGACAAACUUCAUACUUGUUCACGUACAAGAAUUAAAUCAUCUAAAGCUGCUGAGAGUUUGCAAAACUUUGCCGAUCAGUAUUCUGAAUUCGAUUUACUUUUAUCUACGUCAACAUCUCUUGGUUUUUCUGCACCGUCUACAAUUGGAAUAAAUCAACCGAAUACAGCUUCUUCUACUAGCCAGUUGGCGUUAGGUAGUUUAAAUGUGAAUACUAAUUCUUCUACCACUGCCACUACUCCAACAUCUAUAUUACGUACAUCCGGUGAUAAAUUAAUUCACCAUACUCGUAGUAUUUCAGCUACUGGAUUUAAUGGAAUCACAUCAUUGACUUCAAUGUCAUUAGCUCGUACCAGCAGUGGAACAGGAAAUGGUGCACAUAAUUUCUCGACAGGUGGUCAAAUUUCUAGUGGACAUGGAUCAGCUGGACAUAUGGGAGUACUUACUGCUAGUUCACCUAAUUCGGUCUAUGAUCCUAAUCAAGAACCAGUUAGUGCAUUGAAUCCUUGGAUUUCUGAUAAUCCUGAUUAUUGGAAUACGGACUUACGUCCAAAAUAUCUACCUAUUCGUCGUAUUAAACGUUGGAGUUUCUCAAUUCAUGAACUAUUAAAAGAUCCAGUUGGUUUGGAAGAAUUUCAACGUUGGUUAGAAAAAGAAUUUUCAGCAGAAAAUCUCAGAUUCUGGCAAGCAUGUCAAGUACUUAAAGGUGCUCCAUUGCGUGAAGUUCGUCAAUCCAUUAUGAAUAUAUAUCAACAGUAUUUAGCUCCAAAUGCAGUAGAACCAAUAAAUAUUGACAGUAGAAUCGCUGAUCUAGUAAGACGUCAAAUAGAUGGUGAAUCGAAUACAACACCAAAUCGUUAUUGCUUUGAAGCAGCUGAAGAACACAUUUUCCAUUUAAUGAAAUCCGAUUCUUAUUGUCGUUUCCUACGAUCUGAUGUUUAUCGUGAAUUAUUUCGUGGUGAUAAGAAAAAGUCAAAGAAACAGCAACGUAGUAGUGGAAUCAAUUCGAAUAAUGCUUUGUCAAGUGGUCCCGGCGUUGGUGCUCAAGUUACUGCAACAGUUAAUUUUACUGGAAUCGAAUAGCAACCAAAUCUUCCACUCAUGGGCUAGUGGUUGACUGUUACAAUAGUUUUAUUCUGCUUAUUUUGAAUAAAUGAAAAAAGUGCUUUCUCAUUGUUUGCAUUUCAUUAUUCUAUGUUGUAUAUGUUUUUUCUAAUUUUCUUUCGUCUUGUCUUUUUUCCACCGCAAUAUUUAUCCAUCAUUUUACGCUUGUUUCACAGAGUUAUAUUUGUAAUGAAGACAAUUUGAUAUGAUACUUCAGCAAAAUUUACAUUUUCAAAAAAUCUUUUCACUUUGUCUUACCCUCAAAAAAAUAUGAUAAUAACUCCUGUCUAAAGAUAUUAUGCCUCAUGGUUAAAUUCACCAAUAAUUUUGUGGUCUCUCUUCAAAUUUAUGACUAACUUACUAGACUAUCUAUCCGAUUGACUAUGCUUUGUGAUAUUAAUACGCAAAUCUAAAAGAUGCUUAAAUAUACGUAUCCAUUGUAAAAAGAAAACUACCGUCCUUCUAUGUUAUUGUAUGUGUAUGUUUGGUCAAUAAAUUUUUAUCUUAUUCACUAGUCAAUAAACGUUUAAUUACAACUUGGAUCUCUACAAAUUUCAUUUUUACAUAAUGUAUUGUGCAAUUCCAAUUUUGAGCGCGUGUUCAAAUCCCAAAGGAACUCAUUACAUAAUAUAUACUGUGAUAUACAUAUAUCUUAUUUGCAUUUCUCUUUCUUCCCCUCUCUCUCUCUCUUAUGCAUUUACUUUUAAACGCACAGAUGAAAUGUAACUUUUAAUGAAUCAUAGAUAUUUAUGUAUCCUUCCAUAUGGAGCUUAUUAUGUUGUAAUAUUGUUUAAUGAGCAAUUGAUUAUCGGGUUACUUUUAUUUAUUCCUUCUUAUGAUGUAUUGUUGUUUCCCUUCUUUUGUUCAUUUGUCACCUGAAUUGAUCUGCUUUCAUUAAUUGUUGAAUUAUUAUUUCAGUUAUAUCUUUUAGCUUUGAUUUUAUUAUGUGGUUGUUUUCUUCAAGACGGUUAUAACAUUAUGGUUGUAAUAUAAUAUGAUGAAUAUAUAUUACAAAUUUGUCGUUUGACUAAUGACAGAGGUGAAGUAUAUAACUACCAUAUUGUUGUAUUUUUUUCUCAAGUAUUUAACACUGACAUUCGAAUAGAUUUUAGUUUUCUGUCAUUUUUGUUUAGUAUUUAUUAAUGUGGAAGUUCCAGUUGCGUGUUUUUUUCGCUCACGGUUAUAUCAACUACUCAUAACCAUUUAAGUAGACAGUUGUUUAUCAUUUUAUCUGUUCUGUUUAUUAGUUUCAACUUCACUUAUAUUAAAAUACAUUAUAAUUUCUUUCUGAAAUAAAUAAAAUAAUUUAUGAAUUGAA